AUGGAAACCCAACGGCAGGAAGCCUUCAAACAGCUUCGCCCACCAUGCGUGGAGCUAAGCUCCGUCGGACUCAGCUUUCGAGGUAAUCAAGCGUCGGCUCAGGAUGUUAUUCGAGCUGUGCAGCCACUCCACGAUGUUUUGAACGUGCUUGCGGGGAAGAAUGUACUCGACGAGAAGCUCGCUGAAUACGCCUUCUUCCCACUCACCCACAUCUUCAAUCAAACACAACGCCUCCCCGCAAGAUGUCUCGAAAUCGCAGUUCACUCCCUUCAAAUCCUCAUUGACAGCGGAUAUCGCCAACAAUUAUCGCCGGCUUUGGGAAAGCAAUUGAUUAUACUCUUGACGCUAGUCGUGGCCGGGUCUCCAAACAAAAUCGAAGGAAAACAGGAUCUGCCCAAAGCACGGGCAUCCGAAGAGCUCGCCAUUGCCGGGUUUGAUUGCAUGCGAUCCAUUUUCGAUGUCCUGGAUGGGCCCGUCGCCGAAAAAACCAUCUUCCAUGAAAUCGGAACGGCCACCGUUGUCGAUCAAACGGUCUACAUGUUGCUGGAGGGAUUAGUUGAUGAACGAUCGGACGAUGUCUGUCUCGCUGCUGCAAAGGCUUUGAAAGCCCUCUAUGCACGUAUCACAGAUCGAGUGGUUCUUGCGAGUAUUAUGCCACGCACUGUCUCAGCUUUGGCGAAGGUUGUGAGGCCGACAACACAAGCCAGACGAUCUUAUAAACUAUUGGAGGUUUCCAUCCAGAUCCUCAACUAUCUACUAAAGUCUGUGCUCAACGAUCGUGUUACCAGUGUAGAGGAGCCUCGUCCUUCUCUCACCAAAAACGAUGGCCUUGUCUUGGAUAACUCUUGGCUGAAAGCAACGACGACCCAGAUCAAGUUGGCAUUGGCAAAUAUUAUUCAGAUAAGGCGCCACCAGCGGUUAGAGGUUCAAACAGCAAUGCUGGAUCUUUGCGUCAUGAUCAUUGAAGAUUGCCCUGAAACAUUGAAAGACUGUCUCCAAAUUAUGACUGAGACGGCUGUGGUUCUGGCUGACAAGGAGGAGGAAGGAUCCAAUCAUGCAUAUAAUACGGUCUUCCAUCUGGCGACAUCAUACGAAGUUGUCUUGGAGACUCUAAAGGAGUCGCUGCAUACUUGGCUUACGUCCUUUCCCCGCAUCAUGCAAAGCAAUGACGAGUCGGCCAAACAAUGGGGCAUCAGACAAAUAUCGACUGUCUUCCAGAUCUUGUCCCAGGUUCAAUCACAAUCGGACCUGCUGACGGCGAGUCUGGCUACUGGUCUUUGUGACAGCGUGAGCGCUGCGGUUAAACAAGACACUACGGCUUUCCAGCCUUUGACAUCGGCCAAUGUCGGAAAUAUGAACUCAGAGAUACUCGGCUCGGACGCUAAAUCUAUGACAUUCCCACCGGUGCUCUUAGAGCAUCGUAGUCAACAAGCAACCCUGAAAGAUCUACGCGCUCUGAUGAAAAGGUUAAAUCUUUCUGAAUCAGGCAAUGAAAUCACGCGUUCUAUCGUCAACCGCUUGCAUUCUAGUGACGAGAACACUAUAGUUGCCCCGUUUUGGCUUGCCCUGACUUCUCUUCGGGCCCAAAAGCAACAGGCAAGUGCAUUUGAUGACUUUAUCUCUGAUGAUCAAUUGGAAAACACCCUUGCAAGCCCCAAUCGUGCGGGCAUGAUUGAGGAACUCUACUUUGUUGCUUUAUCAAUCCUCAACGACAUACCUGCUGACGGCUCUGGUGACUGGCGAACAUCUGCACUUGCGCUAGAAGCAGUCGCUCUUCAAGCGCAACAGCUUGGGGAAGAAUUUCGACCAGAACUUAUAGAUGCGCUUUAUCCCACACUGCAGCUUCUUGCUUCCAAUAAUCCCAACUUGCAAAGACAUGCCAUGACAUGUUUGAAUAUCCUGACAAUCUCCUGCAACUACCCAAAUACAGGCUCUAUGAUUAUCGAGAAUGUUGACUAUUUGGUGAACUCGCUGGUCGAAAUGAUGUUCAAGACCCUCGCAGCUAUCGUUCAAGAAGGAUCCAAGAAGCCAGCCCUUCUCACGAUCGAUGACGUUCGAAAAGAUGACUCAUUUGACUCUCGCAAGGUUCAACACCAGCAUCUAUCAAUUGCCACCCUUGUUGCGGAUAUUGCGAGGCGAAGAGAAAAGCUUUCAAAUGUUGUGAAUGAGGAUGCGGAAGCUGAUGACAACAUUUCGCAUCCAAAGAAGCCAUGGUCUGAAACAUACGACAAGCCAGCGCCUGAGCCCGAGACUAUCGAAGAGCUUCUCAACAAGGCUGAAUCCGACGAGCCACUUCCACCGCCCAAAGAACCAGAAGACGCCGAAAAGCCGCUGAGCAAAACUCACUCUCUUCUUCUACAUAUCGUGAAAUCCAUUCCAUCCCAUCUUUCUUCUCCAUCACCCUAUCUCCGACGCUCCCUCCUCACCAUCCUCAUCGAUGUUCUUCCAACCCUCUCGCAAAACGAAAAUAGUUUCCUCCCUCUGAUUAAUGAUCUUUGGACCUCGGUAGCAUCAAGGGUGGUUUUCCCUUCUUCGCUGGGAAGCGAUUCAUCUUCACGUUCACUCAUUGCCCGGCCGUCUACUGGGCAAGAUAGCUCGACAAUACACGACACCCAUGCCUUCCAAGAGGAAACUUUUGUCUUAACCACAGCUUGUCAAGCCAUGGAAGCCAUGUGCAAGGGAGCUGGCGACUUCAUGGGCUCGCGUAUUGAAACCGAAUUCCCCCGCUGGGAACGCCUAUACAAUACCGUCUGGGCCAAAGUGCGUCAGGACUCUGAACAUGUGAAUGAGCGACGCACACAGCAGCAGAAAGGCAAGGUCGACGCCCUAUCGACUGCUCAAAGACCUGGCUCCAGUCUUGCCAUCGCAUCAUCGCUGGCUCUUUCUUCAACUGCACCUGGGUCCGCCGGCUCAAGGGCAUUCACCCCUCAUCAUACUCUCUGGCGCGCAAUGAUAUCCUUAUUCCUCACUGUCAUAUCCCAUGUCCGCUUACAGCCAGAAGUGGGUGAUCGAAUCUGUGAAAUGCUCGGAUCUUGGGUUGCACUUUAUGUUGGAAUCGACUAUUAUUUCCUCCCAUCCAGAAGAGAUAGUGCCCACUCGGAAGAUCCUGCGAAGCAGAGUAUUCUCCAGUCUGUUGAGAAUGCGAUUCAAGCUAUGGAGGCUUGGAACGUUGAUCUUACUUGGUUCAUAUUUGUUGACCAACUAAACCGAGCGCGAGGGGUCCCUGCACAAGAAACCCCUGGGCCUUGUUUGCUUGCAGACUGUCGUGGUGAGAAAAUGCAGUUUGCAGGAAUUGUCUUCUAG